UUGUUACAACGAACACGAAUCGCAGCACCCCUUCGUUUAUCGUGGACUGAAGCUUUCUGGGAGGAGAUCGUGCACGUGCAAAUCUGGCCAACAACAAAUGUUAGCGUUCGAGCAAAAAGUUCGAAUUCCGGCACAAGAGUGGUUCAUUGUGUUGCCUGUUGAUGAGCUCUUGGGUGACCAUGAGAGGCUGGAGGGCACAGGCGAUCAUUUUGAGGCGUUUAGCGGUACUGACCUCCUCGCCCCGAGACGCUUCGAGCCAGAGCUCCCGUGGGACGGGAGCGUGCCCGAGGACUCUGCCCGCUCGCCAGGUGUCUAGCUCCGUUUCCACGGCAGCGCUGGGCGCGCACUUGGCCCCCGCCCUCUGGAUUUCCGCGCAGGGCUGUUGUGCGCUCCUGGUGAGGUUCAAGAGCACCAAAGGCUCGACGAAGGGGGGCAAGAGGGGCAAGCAGGAGGGGCAGAAGGAGGAGGAAGAGGAGGAGGAAGACGACCCAGAGGCCAGUGACUACGAGGAUGAACUACAGGAUGACCCCGGCCUGCCCAAAGACUACAAAGACCAGGAGAGAUCUGUGCAGUCGUUUCGCUAUGACCUCAUCAUGAAGGCUGGCUUGGACAUGGCACGCAACAAAGUUGAAGACGCUUUCUACAGCAACAAACUGAGGUUGAACGGUCAGAAGCUGAUUAAGAAGAGCAAAACAGUGAAGGUGGGGGACACGCUGGACCUGGUCCUGUGGGAGAACAGGGAGACGGACACGGUCGCCCUGAUGAGGGUGGUGUUCAAGAAGGUCGCCGCGGUGACCAAGGACGAAGAGAAGUACAAGGUGGUCCUGAGGCGCUGGAAGCACCUGCAGCUGCCCACGCGGGAGGCAUUCCGGCCGUGAGAACCCGCUCGCGGGCGCCGCUCCCUGCCCGGGCCCUGGCUGCAGGGUACGCCACUGGGGGGGCGGGGUGGAGGGGGGCAGGGGGCUGGUUCACUCGUCCACCGCGGCCUGAUGCGGAAGUGCUGGGGGGGGGGAUUUGACGAGCAUCGUGUUCUUUUUCCCCCGCCAAUGAUAGAAACUGUUUUUAUACUGCCUCCGCAUUGGCAUGCCUAGUCUCUCUCUCUUUCUUUCCCUCUUUUUUAUGUCUCUCUCUUCUGUCUUUUCUCUCUCUCUCUCCUUCACAAAUAGGGGAUUGUUUUUUUUUGUGUAGGGCUUUUUGUUUUUUUUUUUGAACAGUUGACAGUUGCUUGAAAAUUAAAAACCACAGUGUCAUGGCGGUUUGUCAGUGAAAUUGUAAGCGCUUGAUAAAAUCGACAGAGCAAAUUUUAUUAAUUCGCUGUAUUUUUUACAAAUGAUUAGUCACAAUGCACUUCACAGUAUUCCCUGACCUGUAGCCCCCACAAAGCAAGAAGCCAGACCCAACAGUGCCAAGGGAGGAGCCCAAGCUGCCAUGCUGGAGGAAACCAGGGGAGCAGCCAGACCCCCGUAGGGGGGAAGCCCAUCCUCCUCUGGCUGGCUUGGGGUGUGGGGUUCACAGGGACAAGGUCAAGAAAAACGGUCAUUAUGAGUGCAUCCCAAUCACUCCAGCACAGGCUGAGCUGGCAGAGCACAGCCUACAGCGCCUGCGUUUGAUCACAUGACUGCUGACGGGGGGGAAAAGUGGGAAGAAGCCGUUUCACUACACAGCAGAAGCAGGAAACUGCACUUUUACGGACAGACGUAAGACCGUGACUCCACCCGUUAGCUGCACCGUUGAGCUCAAGAACCCUGCACUGAUGAACACAGACUGGUGUACAAGAUAUAACCCCUGCCUGACCUUUGAUGAAAUACAGGUGGUUCAGUGUGGGGGGGGGAACGGCGGGGGGGGGGGUUUCUGAUUUUUGGGUUUUUUUUAAGGUCACUUCAAAACGAGUCUGGGGUUAGGGUUGCACUGAAUGUGCAAACGCAGUGAUGAUGUACUUUGGAUAAAACGAAGAACUCGGGACUCAGUCGUCCACUAAUUCUUUAUUUAGUGCGGUGAUCCUCUGCUCCUGUGUCCUGGGAGAGCCGCAGUCUGCUGGUUUAUGCUUCUGCCGUAAGAUGAACAACCGAUUCAGACUCAAAAAACGGGGUGGCCCCCUGAUUUAGCGGUGAUCUAGGAACAUCCCCACUUCCUGCUCUCUGGCUCUCUUUUUUUCUUCCCCCCCCCCCCCCCCCAAGUCGUUUUUUUUUGUGUGAGAAAUCAUGUGGACUCAUGGGCACUGAGGUGCACUGGAUAACCACGGAAGCCACUUUGACUGACAGAUGUGGUUGCCUACCUGGCCAUCACGCCACCUGGUAUCUGUAAAACGAACAUUCUAUGGUGGAGGACCGAGGCCAUGCAUGAACUUGAUUUGCACUGCAUGGAAAUGUGUUUGAAGUACGGUGUCUCCUAAGCCUUGGAGAGAAAUAAAAACGGAGAGUUUGGCAAACUGUG